AUGGUAUGCUGCUGGUUCUGGCCCGCCGCCCCAGCCUCUUCCAACUCGAAGAAGAAAAAGGCAAAGGCCAAGGCCAACACGUCCGCCCAACGUCGUCGACCGGCAUCCUAUCCUUCCGCCGCCGCAGCCGCCGAGAGCACACCGCUCUUGGUGCCCCGCGCCGCUGCCGCCUCAUCCCUUUACGGUAGCGCCCAGCCCCACGCCUUCACCACACCCAACAACAAACGGGUCCGCCUGGCUGGACCCUCCUCGAUAAACAACAACACCAACAGCUCAUCAUGGUGGGGCGGCGGCAACAACACUUCAUCGCCCAACAAGAGGCCGCGGACUAGCAAGUCCUCCUCCUCCCCGACCACGUACUACCCUUCGUCGUAUUACUAUCCUGGGUCCUCGUCCCGAAACCAAGGCGGAGGCGGCGCAGGCGGCGGCGGUGGAAGUGGCAGUGGCACCAAGCUCCGCGGCCGCGGCAAGCAACGCGGCCCGCCCAAAGCCCAUCCCGACCCGCACCCCUGCGCCUCGUGCGCCCUGCACCACCCCGGCCACGCGCAUCGGACCUCGCACCACAGUCACAGCAACCACAACCAUCAGGCCGGUCCCUCGUCGUCGUCGUCGGCGUAUACCCCGACACAUCGCUACAACACCCGCUCAGCCGCCGCCGCCGCCGCGAGAGCAGCACCCCUGACUGGCGAACCCGGUUCCUCGACCAGGAGGAGUAGUGGCAGCAGCAUGUUCGCCUACGGCACCGGCCCCGUCUACGCCUCCAACCCUUCCUCCUCCGGCCGGGCGCACUACCACAGCCCGCCCGGAACGGGCGUCGGCGGACCUAGCUCAUCAUCGCACCGCCAGCAUCGUUCGUCUCGGCCUUCAGCCAGGCCGAACACUGGCGCUCGCCGCAACCACCGCCGCGCCGACGCGCCAAUCAUCGACGUGGGCACCGCGGGCUACGCGUAUCCGCCGCAGUAUCAGUAUGCAGCUGCAGGCGGUGGCGCUGGAGACGCGUCGGCGUUCGCGGUGCGCGCGGCGACGAGCCAGGCGUUGGAGAAUGUGAGGAGGCAGGCGUUUAAUGGCGGCGGGCAGGGGGGUUACAAUUACAGACCCAGCGCGCCGGUGGCGGGGAUGAGGAGAAGUAGUGGUGGUGGUGGGAGCAGGGGGGCCGGAGGUGGGAGGAGGGGGUUUCCGCCGUAUGGAACGCUGGAUAGGUGGUUGUAG